CACUUCCUCGACACAAAGUCACACUCUUUUCGGGCCUUUUGUUGCCUUGCUUUGUCCCGCUCGCUUUUUUUUUCUUGCAGAAUAACAACGGCCAUGUCAUUCAGCAACGCGGUCAGAACAAGUGCCUCAGCAGCCUUGCGCAAACCUAUCAAUCCGUCACGGCCAGUUCAACAGUGUCUCUCUCAAUGCCACGCUAGAGUGGCCCUUACACGUCUGACGCCUGCUGCCAUGUCAGUGCGCUGGCAAACUACUGUUCAGUCGGAACAACCUGCAGAAAAGAAAAGAUAUUCGGACGUAACAAAGAAGGUGGUGUACGGAAUGGCACGGCUAUUGGGCUACUACUCAACUGGUUCAACAGCGAUUCGUGCUAGUCAUGACUUAUAUCGCACCUGUGCCGAACACGCUGAAAAGAACAAGGACUUUUUUAUUGAAGCAUGCAACCUUCCCGAUAACUUCCAAUCAUGGUUUUCAGUAACUCAAUUACACGUAUGGAUGCUGAUGGUGCGUCUACGAGAGGAAAAAAAUGGCAAGCUCUAUAUCCAGGAGCUAGUCAAUCGGCUGUUCGAUGAUGCCGAACACAAGAUGCGCUCACACGGUAUCACACAACAACGUAUGAUCAACAGUUACAUUAAAGACCUUCUGGCUCAAUUCCACGGCGGUGUUGUUGCCUAUGAUGAAGGCAUGUGCAAGGAUGAUCCAGUAUUGGCAGCGGCAUUGUGGAGGUAAGAAGUAUAUGAGACUCUGAAAAGCAUUUCAAAGAAAGAGACUCUUAUCAUUGGUUUUUUUCUAGAAACCUUUUCGCACCCACAUCCAAUAAUGCUGCACAUCUCGCAUACGUUGUACAAUAUAUCCGACAAGAACUUAAGGCACUGGAUGAGUUUGAUGGUGAAAAGCUCAAUGCAGGCAUUGUGCAGUUUGGCAAACCACAAGCAUCGAUAUAGGAAUAGUUGGUCAUUUACAAUUCUAUUCCUUUUUCCCCCAUCCCAUAUCUACUACCACCACAAUAGAAGCAUGAAUCGCAUCAGUUGCAAUAAAUGAAGUGUCAACAGGACAAUUAUGUAUGUAUUGGGUGUCGUUGCAGCGUGCGGACUGUCCUAUUUUGACAAGUAAAAAAUUUUAAACCUCUGGACAAAUACACUACGAAUUAGUGUUUGGUCUUAAACACUUCAAAUCCCACAAUAGAUUAAAGAUCGAU